AUGAAUACUGAGAAAAUCUACAAGUCUUUCAUCAAAGCAGUUGAUGAGGAUGAUAAUAUCCCCACUGUUGCGAAACCUCUUAGCAAGAAUUAUUUUGAAAGGUUCUUAUUAACAAACAAGGUAUCGGUGAUAACUGGUGGUUUAGGAGGUAUUGCUAAAUGUAUUGCUAAAGGUUACGCUGAAGCUGGUUCUCAUAUCGUUUUAUUAGAUUAUGUUACUGAUGAUAAAGGGUUCUGUGAACAGUUAUCUAAAGAUCACAAUGUGAAGUGCAAAUUUUACCAAUUAGAUGUCACAAAAGAUGAAAACGUUAAGGAAGUGGUCGAAAAGAUCGUUGAAGACUUUGGUAGAAUUGACGUAUUUGUUGCAAAUGCUGGGAUUACUUGGUAUAAAGGAAGAUUAAUCGAUUGUGAUAAUGAAGAUUGGCAUAAGUUAAUGGAUGUUAACUUGAACGGGGUAUUUUAUUGCGCUAAAUAUGUUGGUAAAGUAUUUGAGAAACAAGGUAGUGGUAGUUUUAUUAUAACUGCUUCCAUGUCUGCUCAUAUAGUGAAUGUCCCUCAUUAUAAGUCUGCUUAUAAUGCCAGUAAAGCUGCUGUUAAACAUUUAGCAAAAUCAUUGGCUGUAGAAUGGGCAGGGUUUGCUCGUUGUAACAGUGUUAGUCCUGGAUACACUUCUACAGCUUUAAUGGAUUUAGUUCCGGAUGAUGAAAGAGCCAAAUUUUGGGGUAUGACACCACUGGGAAGAGAAGUUCAUCCUGACGAAUUAGUGGGCGCUUAUAUCUACUUGGCUUCUGACGCCAGUAGUGCCACUAUGGGAGCCGAUAUUAUUGUAGAUGGUGGAUUUACUUUGAUUUAA